AUGACUGUAGUAGUUUUCUUUCAUACAGGGAACAUCAUUAAAAAACUGCCACGGAAGACUGCGGUCCCCAUAAACGACACAGCCAUAUUCUGCGUGGAGCUGGACAAUGAGUGCCAGAACAUCCGCUGGCUGAAGAAUAUGGAAGAAAUGAAGCCCAAUGACCGAAUCACCAUCACCUCAUCUGGCAAGCAACAUACGCUGAUUAUCCGGGAGUGCAAGAUGGAAGACGCUGGGGAGAUCGCAUUCCUGGCUGAUGAGUGCAGAACAUCUACCCAGUUCACUGUGUCCACUCCAAGAAAACCCCCCUCUCGUCCCCCAUCCGACCCCGUGGUGAAAAAUAAAACAGAAACCUCAGUGACGCUUGCCUGGUCCCCUCCCAAAAUGGAGCAACUCAUUCUCAUCGAUGGCUACCUGGUGGAACGUAAGAAACUGACUGGCUUUACCUGGAUGAGAUGCCACCAGUCUCACAUCCCCGUCCCAGAGUUCACAAUGAGCGAUCUGGCAGAAGAGGCAGACUACCAGUUCCGAGUGUCUGCAGUCAACAGCUAUGGGCAGAGCUCUUACCUAGAGUUCCCAGGAACCCUGCACCUCGAACCAGCAUUGGCUGUGAAAACUCCCCUGACAGAUGUUGAAGCUACUGCAGGAGGUGAUGCUACCUUCAUUGUUGACCUCACAACCGAUUGUUCUGGCACCUGGUACCUUAAGGGCAAAGCCAUACAGAGCAGUGAAAUCUACAUCAUUCGGAGAACCAAAACCACCCACCUCCUCACCAUAAAAAACGUCACCAAGAAUGACGAUGGAGCAGAGGUGAAAUUUGUCGCCAAGAAUGUUGAAACCAGUACCAAGAUGAACGUAAAAGCUGCUGCAGUAAGAAUCACCAACAAGAGUGGAGAUAUAGAGAAGGUCUCUGCUCGGCUGCGUGAGGAGGCACAGCUUUGGGCGGAGCUUUCAGACGCGGCUGCUGCUGUGAAGUGGAUGAAGAAUGGGAAGGAAAUCCAGGCCAGUCCAAAAUACGAAUUGAAAACAGCAGAGAAGAAACGCAUCCUGAAAAUUCACAACAUCACAGCAGAGGAUGCUGGCAUUUAUGAAUGUGUCUGUGAAGGGGAUGACAUAGUCUAUCAGCUCUCAGUGAAAGCGCUCGUGCACUUCACGAACAAAGAGAAAGCCGGUGGUGUUCUCAUCGCCACCUCUGGAAAACAGGCCGAGUUUGUUUCUGAGACCUCUGAAGCCAAUGUCAUGGUGCAGUGGUACAAAGACGGCAAAGAAAUCAAACGCACAAAGAAAUUCACCCUGGAGGAUAACGGGAAGCUGCACAAGCUCAUCGCCUCAGCUGUAACAAAAGAAGAUGAGGGAACGUACAUGUGCAAAGUUGGAGAGGACACUCUAGUUUUCAAUUUAAAGGUCUCAGAUGAAGUUGUUAAGUUUGUCCACAAGCCUAAAGCAACGCCAGAAAUUUCAGUCAGUCCUUCUGAGGGUCUAGAGCUGGCGUGUGAGGUCUCGGUGGCGAGUGGAGCUGUUGUGUGGAAGAAGGAUCAAACUGAGGUUAAGCAGGACCAGAGAACGACAGUCACCUCCCAGGGAACAGACCGAAAGCUCAUCAUCAAGAAUGUGACACAGCAUGACCAAGGGAGCUACACCUGUGAAUCAAAGGAUGACAAAGUAACAUUCCAAGUCAAAGUCAAAGAGACGGAAGAGGUGUUUGCAAACAAGGAGAAGGUGCAGAAGGAGGUGAAGGCCAUUCUGACAGACAGCGCCACCCUCAGCUGUGAGGUGACUCAGGCCAAGACUGAAGUGAGGUGGUACAAGGACAGGAAACUGAUCACCUCCAGCAAGAAAUUCAAGGUGGAGUCUGAGGGCAAAUCCCGGCAUCUGGUCGUGGAGCAGGUGGAGAAGAAAGAUGCUGGAGAGUACACCUGUGAGGCCGCAGGCCAGAAACUGAUCUUCAAAGUUAUCAUCACAGAGCCUGAAGAAGUGUUUGCAAACAAGGAAAAGGUGCAGAAGGAGGUCAAGGCCAUCCUGACAGAGAGUGCCACCUUGAGCUGUGAGGUGGCCCAGGCCAAGACUGAAGUGAAAUGGUACAAGGACGGGAAACUGAUCACCUCCAGCAAGAAAUUUAGGGUGGAGUCUGAGGACAAAUCCCGGCAUCUGGUCGUGGAGCAGGUGGAAAAGAAAGAUGCUGGAGAGUACAACUGUGAGGCCGCAGGCCAGAAAUUGACCUUCAAGAUUAUCAUCACAGAGAGAGAGGAUGUGUUUGCAAACCAGGAGAAGGCGCAGAAGGAGGUGAAGGCCGCCCUGACAGAGAGUGCCACCCUGAGCUGUGAGGUGGCGCAGGCCAAGACUGAAGUGAAAUGGUACAAGGACGGGAAACUGAUCACCUCCAGCAAGAAAUUCAAAGUGGAGUCUGAGGGCAAAUCCCGGCGUCUGGUCGUGGAGCAGAUGGAGAAGAAGGACGCUGGAGAGUACACCUGUGAGGCCGCAGGCCAGAAACUGACCUUCAAGGUUCUUGUCACUGAGAUGGAAGAGGUGUUUGCAAACCAGGAGAAGGUGCAGAAGGAGGUGAAGGCCGCCCUGACAGAGAGCGCCACCCUGACCUGUGAGGUGGCCCAGGCCAAGACUGAAGUGAAAUGGUACAAGGACGGGAAACUGAUCACCUCCAGCAAAAAAUUCAAAGUGGAGUCUGAGGGCAAAUCCCGGCAUCUGGUCAUGGAGCAAGUGGAGAAGAAAGAUGCUGGAGAGUACACCUGUGAGGCCGCAGGCCAGAAACUGACCUUCAAGGUUAUCGUCACAGAGAUGGAAGAGGUGUUUGCAAACAAGGAGAAGGUGCAGAAGGAGGUGAAGGCCGCCCUGACAGAAAGCGCCACCCUGAGCUGUGAGGUGGCGCAGGCCAAGACUGAAGUGAAAUGGUACAAGGACGGGAAACUGAUUACCUCCAGCAAGAAAUUCAAGGUGGAGUCUGAGGGCAAAUCCCGGCAUUUAGUUGUGGAGCAGGUGGAGAAGAAAGACGCUGGAGAGUACACCUGUGAGGCUGCGGGCCAGAAACUGACCUUCAAGAUUGUUGUCACAGAGAUGGAAGAGGUGUUUGCAAACAAGGAGAAGGUGCAGAAGGAGGUCAAGGCUGCCCUGACAGAGAGCGCCUCCCUGAGCUGUGAGGUGGCCCAGGCCAAGACUGAAGUGAAAUGGUACAAGGAUGGGAAACUGAUCACCUCCAGCAAGAAAUUCAAGGUGGAGUCUGAGGGCAAAUCCCGGCGUCUGGUCGUGGAGCAGGUGGAGAAGAAAGACACUGGAGAGUACACCUGUGAGGCCGCAGGCCAGAAACUGACCUUCAAGGUUCUUGUCACUGAGAUGGAAGAGGUGUUUGCAAACAAGGAGACAGUGCAGAAGGAGGUGAAGGCCGUCCUGACAGAGAGCACCACCUUGAGAUGUGAGGUGGCCCAGGCCAAGACUGAAGUGAAAUGGUACAAGGAUGGGAAACUGAUCACCUCCAGCAAGAAAUUCAAGGUGGAGUCUGAGGGCAAAUCCCGGCAUCUAGUUGUGGAGCAGGUGGAGAAGAAAGAUGCUGGAGAGUACACCUGUGAGGCUGCGGGCCAGAAACUGACCUUCAAGAUUGUUGUCACAGAGAUGGAAGAGGUGUUUGCAAACAAGGAGAAGGCGCAAAAGGAGGUGAAGGCCGUCCUGACAGAGAGCGCCACCCUGAGCUGUGAGGUGGCCCAGGCCAAGACUGAAGUGAAAUGGUACAAGGACGGGAAAUUGAUCACCUCCAGCAAGAAAUUCAAGGUGGAGUCUGAGGGCAAAUCUCGGCGUCUGGUUGUGGAGCAGGUGGAGAAGAAAGACGCUGGAGAGUACACCUGUGAGGCCGCAGGCCAGAAACUGACCUUCAAGGUUCUUGUCACUGAGCCCGAAGAAGUGUUUGCAAACAAGGCGAAGGUGCAGAAGCAGGUGAAGGCCGCCCUGACAGAGAGCGCCACCCUGAGCCUUGAGGUGGCCCAGGAAAAGUCUGAAGUGAAAUGGUACAAGGACGGGAAACUGAUCACCUCCAGCAAGAAAUUCAAAGUGGACUGUGAGGGCAAAUCCCGGCGUCUGGUCGUGAAGCAGCUUGAGAAGAAGGACGCUGGAGAGUACACCUGUGAGGCCGCAGGCCAGAAACUGACCUUUAAAAUUAUCAUCACAGAACCUGAAGAGGUGUUUGCAAACCAGGAGAAGGUGCAGAAGGAGGUGAAGGCCGCCCUGACAGAGAGCGCCACCCUGAGCUGUGAGGUGACCCAGGCCAAGACUGAAGUGAAGUGGUACAAGGACGGGAAACUGAUCACCUCCAGCAAGAAAUUCAAAGUGGAGUCUGAGGAUAAAUCCCGGCAUCUGGUCGUGGAGCAGGUGGAGAAGAAAGAUGCUGGAGAGUACACCUGUGAGGCCGCAGGCCAGAAACUGACUUUCAAGGUUAUUGUCACAGAGGCAGAAGAUGUGUUUACAAACAAAGAGAAGGUGCAGAAGGAGGUGAAGGCCGUCCUGACAGAGAGCGCCACCCUGAGCUGUGAGGUGGCCCAGGCCAAGACUGAAGUGAAAUGGUACAAGGAUGGGAAAUCAAUCACUUCCAGCAAGAAACUCAAAAUGGAGUCUGAGGGCAAAUCCCGAAGGCUGGCCGUGGAGCAGGUGGAGAAGAAAGAUGCUGGAGAGUACACCUGUGAGGCCGCAGGCCAGAAACUGACCUUCAAAGUUAUCGUCACAGAACCUGAAGUUGUGUUUGCAAACAAGGAGAAGGUGCAGAAGGAGAUGAAGGCUGUCCUGACGGAGAGCACCACACUGAGCUGUGAGGUGGCGCAGGCUGAGACUGAAGUGAGGUGGCACAAGGACGGGAAACUGAUCACCUCCAGCAAGAAAUUCAAAGUGGAGUCUGAGGGCAAAUCCCGACGACUGGUCGUGGAACAGGUGGAGAAGAAGGACGCUGGAGAGUACACCUGUGAGGCCGCAGGCCAGAAACUGACCUUCAAGGUUAUCGUCACAGAGCCAGAAAUCAUAUUUGCAAACCAGGAGAAGGUGCAGAAGGAGGUGAAGGCUGUGCUGACAGAGAGCACCACCCUCUCCUGUGAAGUGGCCCAGGCCAAGACUGAAGUGAAAUGGUACAAGGACGGGAAACUGAUCACCUCCAGCAAGAAAUUCAAAGUGGAGUCUGAGGGCAAAUCCCGGCGUCUGGUCGUGGAGCAGGUGGAGAAGAAGGAUGCUGGAGAGUACACCUGUGAAGCCGCAGGCCAGAAACUGACCUUCAAGUUUAAUGUCACAGAGCCAGAAUCUGCAUUUGUAAACCAGGAGAAGGUGCAGAAGGAGGUGAAGGCUGUGCUGACAGAGAGCACCAUCCUGUCCUGUGAAGUGGCCCAGGCCAAGACUGAAGUGAAAUGGCACAAGGACGGCAAACUGAUAACCCCUAGCAAGAAACUCAAAGUAGAGUCUGAGGGUAAAUCCCGGCGUCUGGUCCUGGAGCAGAUGGAGAAGGAGGACGCUGGAGAGUACACCUGUGAGGCCGCAGGCCAGAAACUGACCUUCAAGCUUGAAGCAGUAGAACUGGAGGCAAAAUUCCAAAAGAAAUUUGUCCAGAAAGAACCAAUCAUUGUUCAGGAACAUGAAAGCAUCACACUGGCCACUUCGGUAACACAUGAAACGGCCGUAGUCAAGUGGUUCAAAGAUGGAACUGAGAUCAAGGGAAGCAAAAAGUAUGAGAUUAAGGCUGACGGGGCCUCCAGGACUCUGACUGUGAAGCUGGCUGAGGGCAAAGACAGUGCUGUGUACACCUGCGAGACAAAGAGCGACAAGCAGGAGUUCAAAGUGCAGGUGAAAGAAAUCCCUGUGAAGUUUGCAAAGAAAUUAGAAGCGGUCAGUGCCGAGAUCGGAGGGACCAUCUCUCUGACCUGUGAGCUGAGCCAGGCUAAGGGGGAUGUGCUGUGGUACAAGGACAGAGUUGAGGUCAAACCCAGCAAGCGCUUCCAGAUUCGUGAGGAUGGUGUCAAGCGGAUCCUGACCAUAAUGGGACUCCGGGCCGAAGACAAGGGAGAGUACUCCUGUGAAUCGCGGGACGACAAAAGCAGCAUUCAGGUCACCCCCAAAGUUCCUAGAGUGGUGAAGUUCACUACAGGCCUUCACAACGUGGUGUCUGAAGAAGGAAAAGAGGCCACGUUCAAAUGCACCGUCUCCCCCAACGAUGCUGCAGUUACAUGGUACAGCAACGGUGUCAAAAUUGAAGCCAGUAAGAAACACGUGAUCUCUCAGAAGGACACCAACCACAGCCUCACCAUCACUGACCUGACUCUGGAGGAUGCAGCAGAAAUCUCAGCCAAUGCAGAGGGUGUGGAAAGCAAAGCCACCCUCACAGUCCGAGAGGCGCCGGUGACGUUCAAGAAGAAACUGGAGCCCAAAACGGUUGAGGAGAGGGACACGGUGACCCUGGAGGUAGAGCUGAGCAAGCCUUCCGUGGAGGUGAAAUGGAUGAGGAACAGCAUCGUGCUGCAGUCCAGUGACAACGUCGAGAUCAAGGCCGAGGGGACGAAACACAGCUUGAUGAUUAAGAACAUCACCUUUGCCGACCGGGGCUUCUAUUGCUGUGAGACUCUCGAAGAGAAGACCCAGGCCAAGCUGAAUGUGCAAAUGAGGCAGAUCAAACUGGUGAAAGGCCUGCAGCCGCUGGAAGCCCGUGAAAAGGGGACUGUCACCUUCGAGCUGGAGCUGUCUCAUGAGGAUGUGGAAGGAAGCUGGAUGAAGGAUGGCCUGAAACUGAAACCAGGGGAGAACUGCCACAUUAGCGUCCUGGGGAAGAAACAUUCACUGACAUUUUCGUCCCUGAAGCUAGAAGACUCAGGCCUCAUCUCCUUCAAGGCAGAAGGCAUCCAUUCUUCAGGGAGGCUUAUAGUAACAGAGUUGCCUGUGAAAAUAAGCAAGCCUUUGCUCGACAUCAAAGCUCCUGAGAAGGAUAAGGUGACAUUUGAGUGCGAGCUCUCCAGGCCUAAUGUGGAGGUCAAGUGGUUUAAGAACGGAUCUGAGCUCCGCCCAAGUAAAAACGUGACAAUUAUUUCCCAGGAAAUUAAGAGAAGCCUCAUUAUUCACAAGUGUGACUAUGAUGACCAAGGAACCUAUGUAUGCGAUGCAGCUGACGACAAGAGUUCCGCUACCCUUAUGGUCCAUGCCCGAGAUAUCAAGAUUAUUAAACCACUGGAAGAUGUGGAAGUGAAUGAAAAGGAGAGUGCAUCUUUCACCUGUGAGAUCUCACAUGAUGAAGUCCAAACCCAGUGGUACAAAAACGACAACAAACUGAGGGCUGGAGACAACAUUAAGAUGCGUCAAGAAGGAAAGACCUAUGCAUUAGUUUACAAAAGUGUCCAUGUGGAAGAUGCUGCGGAGAUCAAAUUUGUAGCAGAAAAGGCAGAAUCUCGAGCGCAACUUAGCGUUAAAGAACUGCCUGUAAAAUUUGUGAAGCCUCUGCGCGAUAAGAUUGCUAUUGAGAAGCACCGGGGAGUCCUGGAAUGCCAGGUGUCCCGCCCUACUGCCAAGGUUAAGUGGUAUAAGAAGAACGUUGAGAUUCUUCCCAGCCAGAAAUAUGAGCUGGUGAGUGACGGUGUCUAUAGGAAACUCAUUAUCAACGACGCGGAGUUUCAGGAUGAGGACGUUUACACAUGUGAUGCUACUGAUGACACAAGCAGUGCUCAUUUCUAUGUUGAAGAGCAAUCCAUUAAUAUUGUAAAGGAGUUAAGUGAUGUGGAUGUGACAGAGCCCACAGAAGCCAAGUUUGAAUGCGAGAUCUCCAUUACAUCGGUGAAGCCUCCGAAAUGGUCUCUGGGUGGAGAGGUCUUACAGACUGGCAGAAACAUUACUAUAGAGCAAGAAGGCACCAUCCAUCGGCUGAUUCUCUGGAAGACCAAUUCUGACAUGACCGGCACCAUUCAGUUUGCAAUUGGCAAAUCAAAAUCCACAGCAAACCUGCUUGUAAGAGAUAUUAACGUGCAGAUUACCAGAAAGUUGGAGGAUAAGACUGCCUUAGAACGCCAUUCAGUUGUGCUGUCCUGUGAUUUUAGGCCUUCUCCAAAGGUUGUAGAGUGGUUCAAGGGCCACACCCUCAUUGAGCCCUCUGAAAAAUACAAACCUAAGUGGGAGAAGCACACAGCAGAACUCAAAAUUCUGAAACUGACACCUGAAGAUUCCGGCACAUACAAGUGCCGAGCAGGAAAUGCAGAAACCAAAGCCACGCUGACAGUGGAAGCCCGGCAGGUGGCGAUAACCAAACACUUGCAGGAUGUGGAGACUGAGGAGGAGAGCUGCGCUGUCUUCUCCUGCGAGCUGUCCCAUGACGACGAGGAUGUGGAAUGGUUACUGAAUGACACCAUCCUCUACACCAACAGCUGUAAUGAGAUCAAGAAGAUCGGCAAGUGCCACACUCUGACACUGAAGCAAGUCACGCCAGACGAUGCAGGAACGGUGACGGUCAAGACGGAGAAGGUGUCGGAAAGCGCUCAGCUGAAGGUGAAAGAGAAGCCCAUCAUCUUCAUGAAGUCCUUGGAUGAUGUCGUUGGGGAGGAGCGUGGUGUGAUCACACUGGAGUGUGAGGUCUCCAAACCAAAGGUCAAACCCAUCUGGAAGAAGGACGAUGUGGAGCUCACCCCUGGUGACAAGUACGAGCAGAUGCAAGCUGGGAAAACACUGUGUCUCAUUGUUCACGAUCUGAACAAGAAUGAUGCUGGUUUAUACACAUGUGAUAUUGGCACUGACCUUGCCAAGUCACGAGUCAGUAUUCAGGAGUUGAACAUUGGUAUCACUAAACGCCUGAAGAGCACUGAAGUUCAAGAAGGGGAGAAUUGUACUUUUGAGUGUAUUUUGUCCCAUGAAAGCAUUGGCGAUUUCCACUGGCUGCUGAAGGGGAAUGAAGUUCACAGUGGUGGACGAUUUAAGACCUUUAACAAAGGGCGGAAAUACACCCUCGACAUCAGAAAUGUGGUUGCUGCUGAUGCUGGGGAAGUAGUCUUCACUGCUCGCAACUUGAACUCCAAGGCCUCGCUGGUUGUGAAAGAAAAACCAGCAGAGAUUAUAAAGCAGCUGGAGGAUAAGACAGCAGCAGCAGGACAAGACAUCAGCCUGAGCUGUGAAAUGUCCAAACCUGACACAAAUGUGAAGUGGUACAAGGAUGGCAAAGCAAUCCGGAAAAGCCAAAAAUAUGACUUACGCCAAGAGGGAACAUGGGCCAUACUCGUCAUCCAUGAUUCCAUGACCAAGGACACUGGGGAAUACAUGUGUGAGAUGGAGACAUCUAAAACUAAAGCAUUGGUCACAGUAGAAGAAAAACCCAAUCGCUUUGUGAAGGAGCUUUCAGAUCUGAAAGCUGAUGAAAAAGGAGUCGCUGUUUUUAUGUGUCAGACUGAGAAAGCCGCACCCACAGUGACCUGGCGGAAAGGGAUGGUCGAGCUCAAGACAAGCAAGAAAUACGAGAUCAUCCAGAAAGGGACCAUCCUGCAGCUCACUAUUAAUGCCUUAGAGAAAAGCGACAGUGACACCUACACCUGCGACGUUGGCGAGGCCCAGUCUAGAGCCAAGCUGAUCGUGCAAGGCCAGAAAAUACUAAUAACCGAAGAUCUGGAAGAUGUUGAUGUGGUAGAAGGAGAAUCUGCCAUGUUCAAAUGCAGAAUCUCUCCGGUAGAAUAUAGCAAUGUGCAGUGGUUUUUGGAUAAAACCCCACUCCAUACCAAUGAACUUAAUGACAUCCAGUCUCAGCCUGGAGGAUAUCACUUGCUAACCUUGAAAAAACUGUCACUGAAGGAUUCGGGGGUCAUUACCUUUGAAGCUGGUGAUAAGAAAACAUCUGCCAGUUUGGUUGUUAAAGAGAAGCCCUGCAUCAUUACAAAGGAGCUUGCUGAUGCCGAAAUCAUUGAGGGAGAGGAUGCCUUUCUUCAUUGUGAAACCUCCAAAUCAGACAGCCCGGUAAAGUGGUGCAAAGAUGGGAAGACCCUUAGAAACUCCUCUAAGUAUAAGAUCAGCCGGUCGGGAUUUGAAGCCACGCUUGUCAUUCAUGGGACAGAAGAGAGAGACAGUGGCAGAUAUGAGUGUGAGGCUGGAACAGCUAAAAGUAGUGCAGUUGUCACUGUCAAGGCUCUGCCAGUUCUUUUCAAACGAGAACUCCAGAAUGAGGAAGCUAAAGAAGGAAGUCAAGUCAAACUGACCUGUGAGCUUAGCAAACCUGACAUCCCCGUGAAAUGGACAAAGGGAGAUACAGUUCUACAACCCAGUGACAAGUAUGAGUUAAAGCAACACGGCACUGUUGCAGAGCUCAUUAUUCAAGAUGCCAAAUCAAUAGAUGCUGGAGACUAUACCUGCAGCACUGGAGAACAAAAGACAACUGCUCGGGUGGAAGUAAAUGCUCUGCCAGUCCUUUUUAAACAAAACCUGCAGCACACAGAAAUGGAAGAGGGGAGCACCGUAGCUUUGCGCUGUGAGAUCACUAAACCCGAUGCCCGAGUGGUGUGGAAGAAGGGAGGAGCCAUACUCCAGGAGAGUGCCAAAUAUGAGCAGAAGCAGAAGGGUUGUGUGGCAGAGCUGCUCAUUCACAAUGCAGAGCCAGAGGAUGCUGGAAGAUACACCUGUGAUACUGGAGACCAGCAGACGACUGCUCAAGUCAAAAUCCACGCCCUGCCUGCACUCAUCAAAGAAGAACUGAAGAACUUGGAAGCCACAGAAGGUGGAACAGCCACUCUGCACUGUGAGCUGAGCAAAGUCGCUCCAGUGGAGUGGAAGAAGGGGCCUAAGGGGCUCAGGCCAAGUGGCAAAUACAGAAUGAGACAAGAAGGCACCAUUGCUGAGCUGGUCAUCCACGAUGUAGAUCUGAAGGAUGCUGGAGAUUACACAUGUGUAUUUGGAGAUCAACAAACCACAGCAGCCUUAACAGUGAAUGCCCUACCCGUACGCUUCAAAAAGGAACUGAAGAACGAGGAAGCCACCGAGAGUGGAACAGCCACACUGCACUGUGAGCUGACCAAGGCUGUUGACUCAGUUGAGUGGAUGAAGGAUCAAAAGGUGCUAAAACCAAGUGGCAAAUACAGGAUGAGGCAGGAAGGCCGCUUUGCUGAGUUGAUUAUCCAAGACCUAGAUUUGGCGGAUGCUGGAGAUUACACUUGUGUGUGUGGCAACCAGAAGACAACAGCUGCUCUAACAGUAAAUGCCUUGCCUGCACUUUUCCAAGAAGAACUGAAUAACGAGGAAGUUUCAGAGGGUGGGACAGUCACUCUGCACUGUAAAUUGAGCAAGCCCGCCCCAGUGGAGUGGAAGAAGGGACAAAAGGCUCUCAGACCAAGUGAAAAAUGCAAAAUAAGCCAGGAAGGUCCCUUUGCUGAACUGUUGAUCCAUGAUCUGGAUUUGACGGAUGCUGGAGAUUACACUUGUGUGUGUGGAGAACAGCAGACUACAGCUACCUUGACAGUGAAUGUUCUGCCUACACUUUUCACCAAAGAACUGAAAAAUCAAGAAGCUACAGAAGGCGAAAGUGCCAUUCUGCGCUGCGAGCUAAACAAGGUUGCUCCUACCGUGGAGUGGAAGAAGGGACACAAGACCCUCAAACUGAGCGACAAGUAUAAAAUGAGACGGGAAGGUGGUGGUGUUGAAUUGAUAAUCCAAGACCUAGAAGUGACAGAUGCUGGAAAUUAUACCUGUGUGUGUGGAGACCAACAGACCAUGGCGUCUGUCACUGUAAAUGUCCUGCCCGCAUUUUUCAAAGAGGGAUUGAAGAAUCAGGAAGCCUCAGAAGGUGCAAUAGCCACUCUGCACUGUGAGCUGAGCAAAGUCCCUGUCCUAGUGGAGUGGAAGAAGGGGCAAAAAACGCUCAAACCCAGUGAAAAGUACAGAAUGCGACAGGAAGGUGCCAUUGCAGAGCUGUUGAUCCGUGACCUGGAUGUAGAAGAUACAGAUGAUUAUACCUGUGUGUGUGGAGACCAGAAGACCUCUGCUGUCUUGACAGUCCAUGCCCUGCCUGCUCUGUUCAAAAAAGAACUCAAAAAUGAGGAAGCCACAGAAAGUGGGACAGCUACUCUCCACUGUGAGUUGACCAAAGCUGCUCCAGUGGAGUGGAUGAAGGAUCAAAAGGUGCUCAAAGCUAGUGACAAAUAUAAAAUAAGACAGAAGGAUGCCAUUGCUGAGCUGACAAUCCAUGACCUGGAGGAACAGGAUGCUGGAGAUUAUACUUGUGUGUGUGGAGACCAGAAAACCACUGCAUCCUUGACAUUGCAUGUCCUUCCUCCACGUUUUAAAAAAGAAUUGAAGAAUUUGGAAGCCAGAGAAGGUGAAGCAGCCAUUCUGCACUGUGAGUUGACCAAGGUCGCUGCCCCAGUGGAAUGGAAGAAGGGGCCCAAAGUGCUCAAACCAAGCGACAAGUUUAGAAUGAGACAGGAAGGCACCAUUGCUGAGUUAGUGAUCCAUGAUUUAGAUCUGACAGAUGCUGGAGAUUAUACAUGCAUGUAUGGAGACCAAAAAACCACAGCUGCCUUAACAGUGAAUGCUCUGCCUGCACGUUUCAAGGAAGAAAUGACAAAUGAGGAAGCCACGGAAGGUGGGAGAGCCACUCUGCGCUGUCAGCUGACCAAGGUUGCUUCGGUGGAGUGGAAAAAGAAGCACAAGGCGCUCAAACCAAGUGACAAAUAUACAAUGAGGCAGGAAGGUGCCAUUGCAGAACUAGUCAUCCAUGAUUUAGACAUCAAGGACUCUGGCGAUUAUACCUGUGUAUGUGGAGACCAGAAGACAACCGCAGCUUUGAUAGUGCAUGCCCUGCCGGUAUUUUUCCAAGAAGAAUUAAGAAAUGAAGAAGCCACAGAAGGUGGUGCAGCCACUCUGCGCUGUGAGCUGACCAAGGCUGCCCCAGUGGAGUGGAAGAAGGGACACCAGGUGCUCAAGCCAAGUGACAAAUACAAAAUGAGGCAGAAGGAUACCACUGCAGAGCUGGAGAUCCACAAUCUAGAUGACAAUGAUGCUGGUGAUUAUACCUGUGUGUGUGAAGAUCAGCAGAGCACAGCUGUCUUAGCAGUACAUGCUCUGCCUGCACUCAUCAAAGAAGAACUGAAGAAUGAGGAAGUUAGAGAAGGUGGAACGGCCACUCUGCGCUGUGCACUGACCAAAGCCACUCAAGUAGAGUGGAUGAAAGGGGACAGUUUGCUCAAAGCGAGUGACAAAUACAAAAUGAGACAGGAGGGCGCUGUUCUUAAACUGGUUAUCCAUGAUGUAGAACUGAAGGAUGCUGGAGAUUAUACCUGUGUGUGUGGAGACCAGAAGACAACUGCUGGCUUGAUAGUGCAUGCUCUGCCUGCACUUUUCAAAGAAGAACUGAAGAACUUGGAAGUCACAGAAGGCAAAACCGCCACUCUGCACUGUGAGCUGAACAAGCCUGCUUCAGUGGAGUGGAAGAAAGGGCACAAGAUACUCAAGGCGAGUGAAAAAUACAGCAUGAGACAGGAUAGUGUCACUGCUGAGCUGGAGAUCCAUGAUCUAGGUCUGCAGGAUGCAGGAGAUUACACAUGCAUGUGUGGCGACCAGCAGACCACAGCUACGUUGAUAGUAAAUGCCCUGCCUGUACUUUUCAAGCAAGAACUAAAGAAUGAGGAAGUUACAGAAGGUGGAUCAGUCACUCUGCGCUGUGAACUAAGCAAAGCUGCUCCUGUGGAGUGGAAAAUAGGGCACAUUGUGCUCAAAACAAGUGACAAAUAUAAAAUGAGGCAGCAGGGUACCAUUGCAGAGUUGGUUAUCCAUGAUGUAGAACUGAAGGAUGCUAGAGAUUAUAUCUGUGUGUCUGGGGAUCAGAAGACAACAGCUGCUUUAACAGUACAUGCUCUACCCGCACGUUUCAAAGAAGAAUUGAGGAACAAGGAAGUGACAGAAGGUGAAGCUGCCACUCUGCACUGUGAGCUGACCAAAACUGCUCAGGUGGAGUGGAAGAAAGGGCACAAGGUGCUCAAAGCAAGUGAGAAAUACAAAAUGAGACUAGAAGGUGCCAUGGCAGAGCUGGUGAUCCACAAUCUAGAGGUGAAGGAUACUGACGAUUAUACCUGUGUGUGUGGAGACCAGCAGACCACAGCUACCUUAACAGUAAAUGCUCUGCCUCCAUCUUUCAAAGAAGAAAUGUGCAAUGAGGAAGCCACAGAAGGUGGAACAGCCACUCUGCACUGUGAACUGACCAAGGUUGCUGCCCCGGUGGAGUGGAAGAAGGGGCACAAAGUGCUCAAACCGAAUGCCAAGUACACAAUGAGACAGGAAGGUUGCAUUGUGGAGCUGGUGAUCCAUGGUUUAGACCUGAAGGAUGCUGGAGAUUACACCUGUGUGUGUGGUGACCAGAAGUCCACAGCUGCCUUAACAGUGCAUGCCCAGCCUCCACUGUUCAAAGAAGAACUGAAGAGCUUGGAAGCUACAGAAAAUGGAGCAGCGACUCUGCGCUGUGAGCUGACCAAGGCUGCUCCAGUGGAGUGGAAGAAAGGGCACAAAGUGCUCAAAGCCAGUGAGAAAUACAAAAUGAGACAAGAAGGUGCCAUUGCAGAGCUGGCUAUCUGCAAUCUGGAGGUGAAGGACACUGGAGAUUAUACCUGUGUGUGUGGAGACCAGCAGACCACAGCUACCUUAACAGUAAAUGCCUUGCCAGCACUUUUUAAAGAAGAACUAAAGAAUGAGGAAGCUAAAGAAGGUGGAAACGCCACUCUCCACUGUGAGCUGACCAAGGCUGUUCCAGUGGAGUGGAAGAAAGGGCACAAGGUACUCAAAGCAAGUGAGAAAUACAAAAUGAGACUGGAAGGUGCCAUUGCAGAGCUGGUUGUCCAUGAUCUAGAUGAGAAGGAUACAGGAGAUUAUACUUGUGUGUGUGGAGAACAUCAGACCACGGCUGCUUUAACAGUACAUGCUCUGCCUCCAUCUUUCAAAGAAGAAAUGUGCAGUGAGGAAGCCACAGAAGGUGGAACAGCCACUCUGCACUGUGAACUGACCAAGGUUGCUGCCCCAGUGGAGUGGAAGAAGGGGCACAAAGUGCUCAAACCGAAUGACAAGUACACAAUGAGACAGGAAGGUUGCAUUGUGGAGCUGGUAGUCCAUGGUUUAGACCUGAAGGAUGCUGGAGAUUACACCUGUGUCUGUGGAGACCAGAAGACCACAGCUGCCUUAACAGUGCAUGCCCUACCAGCACUUUUUAAACAUGAGCUUCGGGAUGAGGAGGCAGAAGAAGGUGGCACAGUCACACUGCGGUGUGAGCUUACCAAACCUAGUGCUCCAGCAGAGUGGAGGAAAGGCACUACAACUCUCUACCCUGGACUGAAAUAUGAGCUGAAGCGACAAGGGCCCAUUGCUGAGCUGAUCAUUCAUGACUUAAAACUGGAAGAUACAGGAAAAUAUACCUGUGACUCUGGGGAUCAACAGACAACAGCUGCAGUGACCAUACAUGCCCUGCCCAUUGUAUUUAAGCAGCCCCUUCAGAAUCAGGAGGCUGAAGAAGGAGGUACAGCCACGUUACAUUGUGAGCUGUCAAAACCAAACGUUCCAGUGGAAUGGAGGAGAGGAGGCCUGGGGCUGCAGCCUAGCAAUAAGUAUGAAAUGAAACAGAGGAAAUGCAUCGUAGAGCUCUUAGUACAUAAUCUCCAAGUAGAAGAUACAGGAGAAUACAGCUGUGAUAUUGGCGAACAGGAGACAAAGGCGUCUUUAUAUGUGAAAGCCCUCCCAGUUCUUUUCAAAAGGGAGCUCAAGGACAAGGAAGUGGAAGAAGGAGCUACAGUAAAACUCCAGUGUGAGCUGACAAAGCCCACGGCUUCUGUGCAAUGGAGGAAAGGCACCAUGGACCUCUUUCCAUGUGCCAAAUACGAAAUGAAAUUAGAGGGUCUCGUAGCUGAACUUGUGAUCCAUAACACAGAACCAGAAGACACAUCUGAUUACACCUGUGAUACUGGAGAUCAACAGAGCACAGCCAACCUCAGAGUGAAUGCUAUUAAACCUCUGUUCAAGCAACAGCUAAAGAAUGAGAAAGUAGAAGAGGGAGGAAUGGUCAAGCUAUGCUGUGAGGUCACAAUAACUAACGCUAUAGUAGAGUGGAAGAAAGAUGGCAGGUUGCUUCAGUCAAGUUCCAAGUAUGGAAUCAGACAAGAUGGUACCAUUCAUGAGUUAUGUAUUCAACACCUGGAGCCUAAAGACACUGGCGAGUAUUCCUGCAUUGCUGGGGAUGAGACGACCUCUGCAAUGCUGACUGUGAAAGAGCCUGAUGUGACCAUAGUCAGUGGCCUGAAGAACGUGGUGGUGUUUGAAGAGGAAGAUGCUAUGUUUCAGUGCCAGGUUUCUCAUGAUCACGCAAGGGAUGUGGAGUGGAAGCUACAGGACGUCGCUCUGCAGAGCAAUGAAAUGAAUGAGAUCUCUGUUGAAAAAGGCAAGAUUCACACACUUAGACUGAGGAAAGUCACCCAGCAGGAUACUGGCACCAUCACUUUCAGAGUGGGGCCCUGUGUGUCUACAGCAGAGCUCACAGUAAAAGUACCGCUUCCAGUCUUUAAGGAGACUCUAAAGAACACAGAAUUGGAGGAGGAUGCUACAGCUGCCCUGGAGUGCGAGGUCUCUCAGCCCAAUGUAUCAGUGGAGUGGAGGAAGGGCUCCCAGGUGAUUUCUCCAAGCUCCAAAUAUGAAAUCAGGCAAGAGGGGACAAUCCAUACGUUAAAGAUUUAUAAUUUAAAGCCAGAAGAUUCGGGCAAAUACACUUGUGAUAACAAAAAUCAGCAAACUACAGCCACUUUAACUGUCAAAGCCAUUCCAGCACUUUUUGAACAAAAACUCCAGAACCAAGAAGCCGAGGAGGGCUCUACCGUCACCCUACACGCUGAGCUCUCCAAACCCAAUGCCCCAGUGAAAUGGAGAAAGGGUUCAAUCCUGCUCCAAGCUAGUGCCAAGUAUGAGAUGAGACAGAAGGGAUCUACCGUGGAACUCCUAAUUCAUGACUUGCAGCUGAAAGACUUUGGAGACUACACUUGUGAUUCCGGUGAUGAGCAGACUACAGCAUCCUUGUUGGUAAAAGCUUUGCCAGUGCUUUUUAUACAACCACUCCAGAGCCAGCAAGCAGAAGAGGGUGGCACCAUCACCCUGAGCUGUGAGCUCUCUAAACCCAAUGCCCCUGUGCAAUGGAAGAAAGCGGGGAAAGUUCUGCAACCAAGUGACAAGUACGAGAUGAAUCAAGCUGGCCCUACGACUGAGCUGACAAUCCAUAACCUGAAUGAAGCUGAUGCUGGGGAAUACACCUGUGAUACAGGAGACCAAAAAACCACAGCAGCUGUAUAUGUGAAAGAACCAGCAGCAAGCAUAGUGGAGGUGCUAAAGGACGUCACCUUAAAUGAAGGAGAAGAUGCAGUGUUCAAGUGCAAGGUGUCUCGGGAGAAAGCUCGGGACGUGCACUGGUGCCUGGGUGGCGUACCGCUCCAGCCCAAUGAAAUGAACGAGAUCACAGUUCAAGGGAAGCUUCACACUUUGACCCUGAGGCGGGUGACCCUAGAAGACUCUGGUUCUGUCAGUAUCAGAGUGGGGCAACAUACCUCAGAGGCACAGUUAACAGUCCAAGUUGCUCCAGCCAUAUUUGUAAAGUUGCUCGAGAACCAGGAACUGCAAGAGAGUGACACUGCAAAACUACAGUGUGAGCUAUCUAAGCCUAACAUCCCAGUGGAAUGGAAGAAAGCUUCGUCUGUGAUCAAGUCCAGUACGAAGUUUGAAAUCAAGAAGGAAGGGAAUGUACAUACUCUGAUCAUCCAUGAUUUAAAACCUGAGGACUCAGAGGAGUAUAGCUGUAAUACAGUCGACAGGAAGACCACUGCCAGACUAGAUGUUAAAGCCCUACCUGUGCUUUUCAAACGUUGGCUCCAAAAUGAGGAAGUCGAGGAAGGGUGUACGGCCGCACUGCGCUGCGAGCUGACAAAACCGAGUGCUCCAGUUGAAUGGAGGAAAGGAGAUGUGGUGCUGCAGUCAAGUGACAAGUAUGAGCUCAGGCAAGAGGAGACUUUUGUUGAGCUGUUUAUUUAUGACGUGGAACUUCAGGAUGCUGGGGAGUACACAUGUGAUUCAGGAGAUCAACAAACCACUGCGGCACUGCUAGUAAAAGUACUACCCGUGCUUUUUAAAGAAGAACUGCAUAACGUAGAGGCAGAAGAACGAGGAACAGCUGUCCUGCAGUGUGAGAUCUCCAAACCUGAUGCCCUGGUGGAGUGGAGGAAAGGAGCGCUGGUACUUCAGCCCAGUGACAAGUAUGAGAUGCGUCAGAAUGGCACCAAUGUGGAGUUAAUUAUUCAUGACUUGGAGGUUGAGGACUGCGGACCCUACACCUGUAGCACUGGGUAUGAGAUGACCACAGGCUCUGUGUACGUGCAAGAAGAGGAAGCAGAGAUAGUUUGUGGUUUAAAGAACACGGAUGUCUUUGCGGGUGAGUCGGCCACCUUCACCUGCGAGCUCUCGUGCCCGGGGGUGCAGAAUGUACAGUGGUGGCUCGAUGGAUCUCCCCUUCAGAACAGCGCUGUCAAUGAAAUCACUGUGCGAGAUGGAAAAAUCCACACUUUGACCCUAAAGAACCUGGGGUCCGAUGAUUCGGGGAUUGUGACUUUCAGAGCUGGGUCCCUCAUAUCUUCAGCUAAAUUAUUAAUCAAAGAUCCAACUAUUGAGGUGGUCAGUCCCAUGCAGGACAUUACCGUUGAUGAAGAUGGCACAGCAGAGCUCAUAUGCCAGUAUUCUAGGCCAGUGCAAGCCACAUGGAAGAAAAAUGAUCAGGAAGUUUCCGCAGAUGGGCAACGAGUCAUUAUCGAGCAGGACUGGAAUGUAGCCAAGCUAAAAAUUAAACCUGCCCUUCCAGAAGACAGUGGCAUCUAUUCUUGUGAAGCGGGAAGCACCAAAGUUGUGGCUAUGCUUGAUGUUCAAGCCAAGAACAGUAUUGUCAAGGGUUUGGAGAAUGUGGAAGCCAUGGAAGGUGGUGAAGCCCUGUUUGAGUGCUACCUUUCCAAACCAGAGUGCUACAAUUACAACUGGCUGAUUGAUGAUGAGCCUGCCAAAACCACAGAAAACAUUGAGAUGGUUUACUUUGAAAAUGGACGCAGGCAUAUUCUCCUCUUGAAGAACCUCACUCCCCAGGACAACUGCAGGGUGACUUUCCUGGGUAGUGACGCAGUGACAUCUGCGUUCCUGACUGUGAAAGGAUGGCGCCUGGAAAUUUUUCAGCCUUUGGUUGACACUGAAGUCACUGCUGGGGACCAAGCUACCCUUAGCUGUGUUUUAAGUGAAGCAGUGCCAGUCAGCGAAGUCGCCUGGUAUAUUAAUGACAUGGAUAUCCAACCAGACGAGAACUGGGAAAUGCAGGCAGAUGGAGACAGCUACAAACUGAUCCUGAAGAAAGCCCAACCACAUCAUGCUGGAGAGGUGACUUUUGCUGCAAGGGAUGCAAUUGCAUCAGCCACGUUAUCUGUAAUAGCCCUCCCUGAUCCCCCUGAAGAUCCAGAGAUUUUAAGUAAGAGCAGUCGCUCGGUAACUCUGUCCUGGUUCACACCGCUGAGCAAUGGUGGCUGUGGCAUCUUAGGCUACAAUGUUGAGAGGAAAACACCUGGCAGUGGCUGGCAGCAAUGCAACAAGGAACUUAUUCAAAACACAGAGUUCGUUGUGGACAAUCUCUCACCAGGCGAACCCUACAGGUUCCGCAUUUCAGCUGUAAACAAAGUUGGUGCCGGUGAACCAGUGCAUUUACCUCAAACUGUUCAGCUAGAGCCUCCAUUUACAGUCACUCAUCCCUUAGUAGGCAAGUCGGUCUCGGAAGGGGAGGUGGCUGUCCUGGAGUGUGAAUUUUCAAGAGAGACCCAAGAGGCAAUCUGGGUCAAAGGAAAAGAACAACUACAGCCUGGAGGAAGAUAUGAAAUAAAGUCUGAUGGCAAAAAGCAGAUGCUCAUUAUUCAUGCAUUUAAACCUGAAGAUCAAGGAUUGUACACCUGCAUGAUCUCUCCUGAUACCAGAUCCUCUGCUCUUCUGUCUCUUGAAGUUCCCACAGUGGCACUGCCAAAAGAGGUAGCCCAGGAAGCACAUGACGUGAUUCAACUUGAAGAGAUGGUGGAUGGACAGCUCCAGCCCAGCUUGCCGCCCGAAGCUGCUCAGGAGGGGGACCUUCACCUGCUCUGGGAGGCUAUUGCCAAGAAACGAAGAAUGAGCAGGGAGCCAACCCUGGAUUCCAUCAGUGAAGUGCCAGAAGAGGAUGAUAAACUUCAUAAGCUGAAGAAGGAAGAAGCGGAGUCUCAUUAUUACUCAGAAGAAUACUCCACCUGUGAUGAGCUGACUAAAACUGGAGAAGCAGACUUCUCUUUCACGAGCUCAGAUGAUGAGUCUAGGGCUGGGACGCCUUCACUAGUUAACUACCUUAAAAAGGCCGGAAAAUCUACUGUUAGCAUUGGUAGCAAGGUUCAGACGGUCUCCACCAGUAAAUUCUGGAAACACUGGGAGCAAUCGGGCGUCGAGACUACUGAGUCUGCUCUUCCUGCCAAGCCUGCUGAACCAGAAAUCAUGGAAGAUUUAGAUGAUCCUUCCAUGACCAAAGCAGCUGUGAAAAUUCAGGCUGCUUUCAAAGGGUAUAAAGUGAGGAAGGAGAUCAAACAGCAGGAAUGUCCCGUGUUUGGCGAUACCUUCAAAGAUUUUUGUGGUGAGCCAGGAGGCACUCUCCACCUUGAGUGUGUGGCUCUCAGCAAAACCGAUAUGAAGGUCCGUUGGCUGAAAGACAAUGAGGAACUUUCAGAUGGGCGCCACUAUCACAUAGACAAUUACAGUGAUGGAACUUGCUCCUUGAUUAUCACUGGCCUGGACAUGAAAGACACAGGAAAAUAUACCUGUGAGGCAUCUAAUAAGUUUGGCAAGGUUUCCCAGAGUGCUAAGGUGGUGGUUGGUACCCAGGCGCCGGAUGCUCUUCGUAAGCACAAGCAAGUGAAACGCCUCGCUGACAGCGAAACGGAGAGCUCUUCUGGCAGCGAACUGGACGAUGCGUUCCGUAAAGCAGGAAGGAGACUUCACAAGCUCUUCAAGUCCAAGAUCUCAACGGAAAUGUCUGAUGUGGAGGAGGAGCUCUUUGUCAGCGCGGAUGAAGGGGAUGUGGAGGUGGUGGAUCACCAGACGUAUCGCGAGGAUGAUCACUACAUCUACAUCAAGUUUGAAAUCUUGGCGGAAGCAAAAACAGCAGCCGGCCGGUUCAGAGAGAUGUUUGCUGCGCUGGGUAUCCCAGUCGAGAUUGACAUCCUGGACCAAGGCCUUAAAAAAAUAGAGCUUCGCAUAGGGAAAGCAGCACCACCUGCUCCAGGGCAGAUUCAGCCCUUGGUGAAAAGAACUCCCCCACCUUUACUGACUUCUGAUACAGCUCCCAUGUUCAUAACCGAGCUUCAAAACCAAGAGGUGCAGGACGGCUACCCAGUCAGCUUUGACUGUGUUGUUGUUGGCAAACCCUUACCCACGGUGCGCUGGUUCAAGGAUGGGAAAGUUAUCGAAGAAGACGACCAUUAUAUGAUCAACGAGGACCAGGAAGGGUGCCACCAACUGAUCAUCACCGCCGUGGUCCCUACUGACAUGGGUGUCUACCGCUGCCUUGCUGAAAACAACAUGGGAGUUUCUUCAAGCAAGGCGGAGUUGCGGGUGGACUUGACCAGUACUGAUUACGAUACAGCAGCAGAUGCAACAGAGACAUCUUCGUAUUACAGUGCCAAAGGAUAUCUCUCAAGCCGAGAACAAGAGGGAGUAGAAUCCACCACAGAAGAGGAGCAGCUGCCUCAGAUCCUAGAUGAGCUUCAUGAUAUUCACGUGGCCCCUGGAGCACCUUUGGCUAAAUUUCACCUGAAGGUCAAAGGGUACCCAGAACCUCGUCUUUACUGGUUCAAAGACGGGCAACCAUUACAGGCCUCAGACCGAAUCCUGAAGAUUGAGAAGAAGCAAUUUCAUGCACUCGAAAUCCUCAAUGUCGUUAAGGAGGAUGCUGGUCAAUACUCAGUAUUUAUUAGCAACUCUGCAGGUUCUGCAUAUUCAUCGGCCAGUUUGGUUGUCAAAGGUCCUGGUGAGAAGGAAGAACUGCCAGAAACAGAUGCUCAAGAACAGCUGGUGCCACCCAGGUUCCUGGAGAGAUUUACCAGUAAAAGAGUGAGGAAAGGUGCAAGUAUCACCUUCUCUGUGAAGGUUGAAGGACAUCCAGCACCCACAAUUACCUGGUUGAAAGAAGAAUCUCAUGAAGAUGUUCUGUGGAUCAAACCAGAGACUCCUGGCUACAAACUCGCCAGUUCCAACAUGCAUCACAGUCUAAUCCUGCUGGAUGUUGGAAAGGAAUAUAGUGGAACCUACACUUGCAUUGCUACUAACAAGGCUGGACAAUCCAUCUGCACCGCCUCCCUAGAAGUUCUGGAUGUGAAAGAGGCGGAAGUUCUGACCCGCGAGCGCAUGAUGGUGACAGAUGUUAUAAUGACCACGCUGGGGUAUGAAGACAAGGACAGAAAAGGACAUGGAGUUGGUAUCUCUAUCCACCCUCCUGAACCAAGGAAAGGAGAGCUUGUAGAAGGUGAGGCUGAUAAAGAAGGUGUGUCCAGAAGUCACAUUUCAUUAGCUGAUGUUGGAACAGAAGAAUUCCUCCAGAAACUCACCUCGCAUAUCACAGAAAUGGUGUCUGCAAAAAUAAGUCAGGCCACGCUUCGAGUGCCUGGAGCAGACAGUGAUGACGAAUCGAAGACGCCAUCCCCAUCUCCGCGCCAUGGCAGAUCUCGACCUUCAUCAAUAGUUCAGGAGUCUUCCUCUGAAUCUGAGGAUGGGGAUUCUAGAGGAGAGAUUUUUGACAUCUACAUGGUCACGGCUGACUAUGUGCCCAUUGGCGCUGACAGGGAAGUCAUCACUCUGAAAGAAGGGCAGUAUGUGGAAGUCCUUGACUCUGCUCAUCCUCUAAAGUGGCUAGUCAGGACCAAACCCACUAAAUCCAGCCCCUCUCGGCAGGGAUGGGUGUCUCCGGCUUAUCUGGACAAGAAAUUAAAGUUGUCACCGGAGUGGGGUGCAUCGGAAGCUCCCGAGUUCCCUGGAGACUCUGUUUCAGAAGACGAAUAUAAAAAGAAGCUGAGCCUCAUCAUUCAGGAACUGCUGAACUCUGAGGAGGAGUUUGUCAAAGAUCUGCAGUUCCUCCAGACCCAUCACCUCCAGUACAUAGAGAGCUGUCCGGAUGUUCCAGAAACGGUUGCCAGUCAGAAAUCUACUAUCUUCAGAAAUGUCAGUGCUAUUGCGAGCUUCCAUUCCGAUUCCUUCUUCCCCGAACUGCAGAAAUGUGACACUGAUGACGACGUGGCUAUGUGCUUCAUUAAGAAUGAGGAGGACUUUGAUAAGUACAUCCAGUAUCUGGUGGGGCGGAUACAGGCCGAGUCUGUCAUUCUCAGCAAAGCCAUUCAGGAGUUCUACAAGAGAUAUACAGAGGAAACGUUAGCCAGUGAGGAUCCUUCUCAGCCACCUAUACCUCCACUGCAGCAUUAUUUAGAGAGACCCAUAAACAGGAUCCAGCAGUAUCAAAUUAUAAUCAAGGAAUUAAUCCGAAAUAAAGCAAGAAAUAGCCAAAACUGUGCGCUGCUGGAGCAGGCUUAUGCCAUUGUGUCCGCGCUCACCCAGCGUGCAGAAAACAACCUCCAUAUCUCGCUCAUUGAGAACUAUCCAGGGACUCUGGAAAUUCUAGGAGAACCCAUUCGACAGGGUCACUUCAUAGUGUGGGAAGGAGCUCCGGGAGCCAGAAUUGCAUGGAAAGGUCACAACCGACAUGUCUUCCUCUUCAAGAAUUAUAUCCUGAUCUGCAAACCCAAGCGAGACACCAAGACAGACACCUACAGCUACAUCUUCAAGAACAUGAUGAAGCUAUCCCACAUAGAUGUGAACGACCUGGUGGAAGGAGAUGACCGGGCAUUUGAGAUCUGGCAUGAGCGAGAAGACUCUGUCCGCAAGUACCUACUUCAAGCUCGUACGGUCAUCAUCAAGAACUCCUGGGUGAAGGAAAUCUGUGGUAUACAGCAACGUAUCAGCCUGCCUGUGUGGAUUCCUCCGAAUUUUGAGGAAGAACUGGCUGACUGUACAGCUGAGCUGGGCGAAACUGUCAAAUUGGCUUGCAAAGUAACAGGAGCUCCUAAGCCAGCAGUUGCUUGGUAUAAAGAUGGCAAACCAGUGGAGAUGGAUCCCCAUCACAUUAUCAUAGAAGAUCCUGAUGGUUCCUGCACAUUGAUCCUGGAUACUCUGAUGGGUAUUGACUCAGGACAGUACAUGUGCUUUGCCACCAGUCCGGCUGGGAACGCCAGUACACUAGGAAAGAUCCUUGUUCAAGUGCCACCGAGGUUUGUGAACAAGGUUAGAAAUGCUUAUUAUGUUGAAGACGAAGAUGCUCAGUUUACCUGCACCAUUGAAGGAGCACCUUAUCCUCAGAUCAGGUGGUAUAAAGAUGGUGCCCCGCUGACAGACAUCAAUAAAUACCAGACUUUCAGUGAGCCACGGAGUGGCGUGUUAGUCUUGGUGAUCAAAAAUGCUUCUAAGGAGGACAUGGGACACUAUGAAUGUGAACUGAUGAACAGAUUAGGCACAGCAAGGAGUGGAGCGGAUCUUUGCCAGCAGAGUGCAGCAUUACUGGCCCAGGAGAAGAGGGGAGACCAAGCCAUUACUAUAGAAGGAGAGGUCUCACCACAGUCAGAGCUGGAGACUUCUGUCCGGGCCUCACUUGAACGUGCAGAUAAGGAAAUAAGGAUGGCCCUGAAGAAACUCGUGGAUUCCACAUCACUGCAUGUGACUCUUCCUCCAAGCAUGAGAGGAAAGGCUGGUGGCUUUGGCGUUCUUGAGUCCACAGCUUCAGAUACAGAAAAUAGGCAUCCUGUGAUAGUUCAUGAAGUCAGCACGCAAACCCAAAGUGCUGGAGGUCAUGGCAAAGAGCAAGACAGCACUGGGAAAAUUCCGGAUGAGAAACGGAGUGAAACAAAGUCAAGCCCAACCACUUCGCAAAAAGAGACGACUGCUGGAGCUGCAGGAGGUCAGGAACGCACUAUUCCCAUUACCAGAACAUCAGCAGUCACGGAGGGAGCAGACUGGUAUAGAAGAGAAGGGGCAGACGUGGUCUGGGAUGUCCAGAGUCAAAUUUAUAUUGAGACCACAGAAAGAACCUGUGUUUAUAAAACAGAGGAGAAGAGCCCAGCAAGCCCUCCAUAUAUGCAAGUGACCAUUGAGGAUGUGCAGGUUCAGUCUGGGGAGCUUGCCAAAUUUCAUGCGGUUAUUGAAGGAAAUCCCCAGCCUACUAUUGCAUGGUAUAAGGAUAAUUCCUUGUUGACCAACAGCAACAAGAUCCAUCAAGUGAAAGAAGGCACAAUAUACUCUUUGAUCCUGGACAAAGCUGCCCCAGAAGAUGGUGGCGUCUAUACCUGCAUUGCCAAAAAUGCAGGAGGAGAGGUCUUGUGCAAAGCAGAGCUUGUUGUACAUGAGGCUAAGAAAGACCAAGUGACAAAGAAACAGAGCACCCGAAGAAAACUCCAUUCCUUCUAUGAGGUGAAGCAGGAGAUAGGAAGGGGCUCUUUCAGCUUUGUGAAACGGGUUGUGCACAAAGGGAACAGAGUAUCCUGUGCUGCCAAGUUCAUACCUCUGCGAAGCAAAACGAGAACCCAAUCCUAUCAAGAGAGGGACAUCCUAGCCACGCUCUCCCAUGAUAAAAUCGCCCAGCUGCUGGAUGAAUUUGAAACAAGGAAAACCUUGGUUCUGAUUUUGGAGUUGUGCUCCCAUGAGGAGCUCUUGGACCGUUUAUUCAGGAAGAGUGUUGUUACUGAAGCAGAGGUCAAAUUAUACAUCAAGCAACUUUUGGAAGGACUCAGCUAUCUCCAUAACAAUAACGUACUUCACUUGGAUAUUAAGCCUCCAAAUAUCCUGAUGGUUUAUCCUGAAAGAGAAGACAUUAAGAUCUGUGACUUUGGGUUCGCUCAAAAGAUAAAUCCAUCUGUGCCUCAGUACAGCAAAUACGGGUCUCCAGAGUUUGUCUCCCCAGAAAUUAUCUCUCAGUCACCAGUGUCAAAAGCAUCUGAUAUUUGGGCUGCUGGAGUCAUCAGCUAUUUAAGCUUAACCUGCAAGUCUCCAUUUGCUGGGGAAAAUGACAGAGCAACCCUUCUAAAUAUCCAGAAUGGGACAGUUUCAUGGACUAUCCCUGACUUUGUUCACCUAAGUGAAGAAGCGAAGGAUUUUAUCAGACAGAUAUUACAGCUCUCUCCUGAAGCCAGGCCUAGUGCUUUGCAAUGUCUCUCACACGACUGGUUCUUGCGUAAUCUCCCGCUAGAAGAAGCUCAUUUUAUUAAUACAAAACAGCUGAAGUUCACUGUGGCUCGAAGCAAGUGGCAGCGUUCCCUCAUGUGCUAUAAAUCUAUACUGGUAAUGAGAUCCAUUCCAGAAAUCCUACAGAGAACUCUCAAAAACACAUCGCUAGGCAUCUCCCGACACCUGGUUGAAGAAAGUAGUUCUUCCACUACUACUGGCUCCUCUUCAGACAAUGAGAAUGCAUCCUUCCCCAGGAGAAGGCACUUUGGCUCUACACCAGAACUGCGUUUGUCUGUGUUUGAUGCACCGAGUUAUCAAGAACCUCUAAGUUAUGCGGCAGAAGAGAAACAUUCCAAGGUCUUGGUGCCUCCAGUAAAACCCAUGAGACGGAAAUAUGCUUUAGUGAAAAGUGAGCUGGAUGAUAAGCCACCUCCAGAAAGCAAAGUACUAAUGGCAGGCGCCUUUGCUCAGAAAGCAGAGGCGGUCAGCUCAGAACUCAAAGAUGAAAGAGCAGAUCAGUCCCAAGAGGGUGAUGCAGAGCAGCCUUCAUUGGCGAAGGCAGCCACCUUAGAUACAUCGGACUUGGCACCGCCAAAAGAAAAAACAGGCACGUUAUUACCAAACAAAGAAAGACUUGUAAAGGCUGGAGAUGCAAUGGAGAAACCACCUUUGUGUGUCCCCAGACAGAGUGUCAUUAAAAGCACAUUCUACAGCCAAGCGUCUGAGGCUCCUACACGUCUCCCUGUCUCACCGGGCAGAGACUACAGAAGGCACCUUGACAGAACAAGAAGGGCCUUCAGGAAAUCAGGGUAUUUAAAGGUACCCUUGAGUGGUCUACGGGAACCCCUUCUAGAACACUUUGAAUUGAGAGAAGAGGAGGAGGAGGAAGAAGAAGAAGAAGGAAUGUCUGGUGAUGAAGAAUAUGGAAAAAGCAGAGAAGGUGUGACAGGCCCUCUGACCAAAUCGGCUUCCUUUGAUACUGCUAGGAAACCGUCACGUCACACCUUCCAGGUGUCCAGCAGAAGCCAUUCACUGGAUGAUUACAGACUAAGAGCCAUAAAUUUAGCCAAGGAGCAAGACAUUCUGGAAGAAGACUGUGAUCUAACUUCACAGGGGAGUUAUCCAGGACUAGCUAGCCAGCAUGGCAUAUCUACUGACUCUGGCAAGGUUUGGCCUGAGGAGCAUUCGAUGGAGGAGGACUCAAGGAAAGCUAGGAAGGAUUGUUCAGAAGAACAGCCAGUCCCUUCUGCACAGUGUGGUGACAAAGGAUGCCUGGGUCUAGCUGCUCAACCACAGAAGGUCCCAGUGUCAGCCCACCAGGGUGAAAGUGAGGGGCAUUUACAUCAAAAGACAAAACUUUCCAUUGACAUUGAUGUGGAGCCAUCUGCUCUGGAAGGUCAAAGCCUGAUUCUAACUGCUCAGCAACCGGACACAGCCCCAGUGUCAGCUCACACGGGUGAAAGUGAGGAGCAUUUAAAGCUGACGCCGAAGCCUAGUGGUGCAGAGUUUUCACUUCUGCAGGGUGAAAGCUCCGUUUGGAUUGCUCCCGAAUCAGAGAGAGCCCCAAUAUCAGCCCAGGAGAGUGAAAGAAGAGAACAUGCACAUCAGCAGCCAAAGCCUUCUGUUCACAGUGCUCCAGAGUCUGCUGAUCUACAGGGUGAAAGCCCAAUUAUCCUAGAGACUGCCCAAAUUCCAGCUUGUAAGGGUGAAAGCCCAAGUAUUUUAACAGCUCCACAACCAGAAACUGCUCCACUUUCAGUCUGCCAGGGUGAAACCCAGGGAUGCUUACAUCAGAAGCCUUCUGAUUACUUGGGCACAGCCUCCACUGUUCUGGAGGGCAAACAUCCAAUGAUUCUAACACCACCACCAGAAAGUGCCCCAGUUUCAGACUGUGACCGUGACAGGCAGGAACAUUCCUGUCAGGAGCCUUCUGUUUACUUUAAGGUGCAGUCUGCUGUUCUCCAGGGUGAAAGCCUAUUUAUUCUCACAAUUCCACAAGGAGAAACUGCCCUGCUUCCAGUCUAUGAGAGUGACCGCCAGGAACAGUCACCUCAGGAGCCUUCAGUUUGCAGCGAGGUGAAAUCUGCGGACUCAGAGAGUGAAAGCCUAGCUAUUCUAGAGACUUCCCCUGUUUCAGUUGGCGAGGGUGAAAGCCAGAAACAUUCACAUCAGAAGCCUUCUGUUUACAGCAAGGCAGAGUGUGCUGUCCUGGAGGACUUGGUUGAAGCGAUGGUUUGUCUGUCUGAAGAUAUGAAUGUUUUGGCAAAGUCCGUUUCUACUCAAGAGGGAUGUGAAAAGCACUUCUCCCCUCCAAAGGAGAUGUUCUACCAAGGUCCAGCUGGCCACGCAGCCGCCGGACGUCCCACUCAUUUUGUGCCACGGGGUAAAAGAGAAGAGGGCAUUUACCGGGCUGAUCUUACAGAAUCAGCUGCACCAAUUCCUGCAGCGGAAGAUAAGUUGAGUAUGCCAGCCCUGUUGAGUGUAGUCACUGAGGACGAAAAGGUGGCUUCUCAUGAAUGUGAACAUCUAGGGGAUUUAGCAAUCAAAAGCACUAGUUCCAGCAAAGCAAGCAUAUCCCCGUGUGAUAAUUCAGGUUCUGGAAAAAGAUCUAGUCAUAGCUCUGAUAGCAAGGAACCUGACAAACACUCUGAAGUUUCCUUAGUGAAGAUUAAAGACCUCUCAGAAGAGAUGCCUAGCAUUGGCAGUGGGACUUCAAAAUUUGAUAUAUCUGAGGUAGAGCCUGCGUAUUUGAACCUAUCAGAUCUCUACGACAUUGUAUAUUUUCCAUUUGAAUUUAUGAACGUAAAGAAGCCUUCACCCAAACCAAGCGGUAAAAGAUUUAUGCCCUUCGGUGAAAAGGUAAAAUUACCUCCUGCAACUAAAGAACAUUUGCCUCAGUAUAAAAGACUGUGCAUUAGAGAGGACAUUAAGUCCUCUUCAGAUAACUCACAAGAUGCCACGACAGGGGAAACCAGGGAAAACCUAUUGGACAUUUCCGAAGAUGUAGGGCAACCCCUUCGAAGGCUGGCGAAAGGUUCCGAGCCACCAAUGGGGAAAGGAGCUGAGGGCCAUGUGACAACUGAAUCCCAGCCAAUGUAUGGCUUCCAAAAGGACUCAGGUGGUAAGCAGAGAAGCUCCACACACAGCAAAUCAGGACUCUUUAAACCCUAUGGCAGAUCGCACUCAACAAAGCUGUCAGUAGAGCAGACUCUGAAGAAGAAAGUAAAAGCUUCUGUUGCCCAUAUUUCAAGAAUCCUAAAAGGAAAGCCAGCCCCUGAACUGGAGCAAAGGGAAGCACCUUCUUUUGUAGAAGAGCUCACGGAUCAGGAAGUUGCCCUGGGGCAGUCUGUGACUCUGUCCUGCCAAACGUCUGCCCAUUUCCCUCUGCACGUUGACUGGUUCAGAGAUGGGGUGCCCAUUCGCAGCAGCAGUAGGAUACUGAUCUCAGCCACACUCAAAAACUUUCAGCUUUUAACGAUAUUGGUGGUUACGGCCGAGGAUUUUGGUAUUUACACAUGUGCGGCCAGCAACUCCCUGGGUACAGCAUCCACUUCUUGUGUAAUAAGGAAAGCAGAAGUUCUUGCUAGCCCCCCAGCCCCUGAUAUUGUGGAGGUGUAUGAGGAUGGAGUGCAAGUGGUCUGGAAACCUGUGGAAUCUAACACCGUGGUUACGUAUACUGUACAGUGCAAGAGCGAAGAUGGUGAAUGGAAGACCCUUGUUACUGACUUGGCUGAUUGCUGCUACUAUGCCAGUAAUCUCUCCAGGGGCUUGGUUUACUCCUUCCGGACGGCCUGCAUCAGUAAAGCAGGAAUGGGACCUUACAGCAGCCCAUCUGCCAAAGUAAAGAUUGGUGAAAAAGACCAAACAGCGUUUCAAUCUGCAAAGCAGACGUUCCCAGCUGCUACAGAGGGUGAGCGUGAAAUAAUGGCACCAGCGGAGCCUUUUCCAACCCAGCAAACCUACGCCUUCCAAACAGAGAUCAAAAGGGGGCGUUUCAGCAUCGUCAGACAGUGCAGGGAAAAAUUAAGCGGAAAUGCGCAGGCUGCCAAAAUUAUCCCCUACCGGCAAGAAGACAAGCAGGCUGUGCUCCAGGAAUAUCAAGUCCUGAGGAAGCUUCAUCACACACAUAUCGUUCAGCUGCAAGGAGCCUACGUGAGCCCCCAGCACCUAGUGCUGAUCCUGGAAUUGUGCGUGGGGCCAGAGCUACUCCAUUGUUUGGCUGAAAGGACAUCCUACUCAGAGGUGGAGGUCAGAGACUAUCUAUGGCAGAUCCUCAGUGCAGUUGAGUUCCUCCAUGCACACCACAUCCUGCACUUGGAUCUGAGGUCUGAAAACAUGAUCAUUACUGAACCCAACCUGCUUAAACUCCUGGACUUUGGCAACGCGCAGUUCUACUCGCCAGACAGAGUCAUUACCAUGGAUAGGUGCAUUGACUACGUAGAAACCAUGGCUCCAGAACUGCUGUCAGAGCAAGGAGCCCUCCCGCAGACUGACAUCUGGGCUGUCGGCAUCACCGCUUUCAUCAUGCUGAGUGCCGACUACCCCCUCAGUUCUGAGGUGGCCUGUGACUUUCCGAGAAUCACCAAAAAAGGGAAGGUGAAACUUACCAGAUGCUACGCGGGUCUGUCUGGGGGGGCCGUGACAUUUCUUCAAAGCACGCUGUGCGCAAAUCCCUGGGGGAGGCCGUCAGGAUCGGAAUGCCUUCAGUUUCCAUGGCUCCAGGAGACGGGUUUGGAUGACAGACAGCAAGCGGUGGUCACUUUCUCCACCGCCAAGCUGAGGCGUUUCCUAGCAGAACGGGAGAAGAAAAGGAGCCUGCUCUGUUCAAAGUAUGGGCUGAUGAUUGCACAGUGA